UUCCCUUAAUGCCAUUCAUCUCCCAUGCUGUUUGUAACCACAGCGCCUCCAGAAUAGCAAGGGAAAGUCACCAUGUGCAGAGGCCUACAAGCAUCCUCUCAGUCCUAAUUAAACCUCACAACAGUGUGCAAAUAGCACCGAGGCCAGGUGUGGGGCCCUGCACAGGUGUGAGCUUCACUCUGUGCAAAUGAACAAUUGCAAAUGUUAAAGCCAUGACCACUCCUCUCACUUCCAGGUUUACUGUCCCUGGAGUCAAUGGCAUUGUACUGAUGCUCAAACAAAUAGGAUGGUAGAAUUGGGCCUUGUGUAUACUGUGCUGUGGGAUCCUAAACUGGGGGCCUGCUUAACCUUUCAUGCUCAUUUUAUACCUGCCCAAUUCCAUGGCUUUUCUGGAGUUCAUUCAGAUCUUUACAAGUAUCAUUGGCAGGACCCGUGUGUUCAGGUUUCUGAGUGGCCUUGUCCCGGGUUACCCUGUGCUGAAAUGGGGGAGUAUCCUGGGAUUAUGCACAUCUGAUACAAACCUAAACUCCAUCUUCCUCUCAGAGUUGUUCCACAUGCAUUCAAGUCCACUGUACUCCUGACAUCGCUACUAGAAGCUUAUUGGGCAGUGAAUUGCUGUGUCUUAAAGGAAAGAGUUUCAUACAUCGUUCCAGACUAUCCAAAUGGGUGAACACCAGCCACCUCAAAAAAAAAAAAAAAAAGCUUUCCUGUUCUACCUGGUCCUUCUCUGUUCCCUCGACCUGGGUAGCAGGCUUGCUGUGGCCAAGUAAGACCUGGCUAGACACUGAGCCCUGGUGCAGAAAAAAGUCAGGAGGCGAAGCCAUGUGUAGAGUUUACUGCUCAGGUAGUGAAACUGGAUGAAUUUGUGAAGUUCAGGAAUGGGAACGCGGUCUCCAGGGAAUGGUCAAAAUGCUCGAUGUCCAAUUCAAAUGAACCACUACACUUAAAAACACCAGGGUGAUAUUUCUCCCAUAAGGAUGAAAUCCAUGCACCUCUUCCUACCGGCUGAAGCAUGAGGUAGCUACAGCUGCAUAGAGGUUAUGAGAGUGGGAUGGAAUCCACCACCCCAGAGCAUAGGCAAUAGGGUUGCCAGCCCAAGAAUUUUUUUUUACUGACAAUACGCAGGCUUUUUGCUGCCAAUUCAUCUUUUUAUUGGCAUGUGUUUUAUAUAAUGUAAAUGUAACCCAUCUGCCAGGCCCUGGAUGACACGGACAAGGGCAAAGUUCAAAUUGAGGGUUUUAACACCAAACACUAAAAAAAAAAAGGAUGGUUGUCUCUAAAAAGAAAAAAAUGUUCUUGAGUUGGCAGCCCUGUUAGCCUGUAUCAGUGGUUUUACCCUGUGCUUCCCUAUUCACAUCUACGCUUUGAAGCCCUGACUGCAUCCCACCAGUCCUGCUCCCCCUGUCCCAGCAUGGACCCCCAAUCAUGCUGCCUUUCCCUCUCCUGGCUUGCAGCUUUGUCUAGAUCCCACCCCUGUACCUUCAAGAUGAGCAACUGUUAAGAGGGAGAGAUAGCCUAAGGGACACAGCAGCAACACAUGUAGGCAUCUAUGCAGGGGCCAGCAAAAUACGGCCUGUGGGCCGCAUGCAGUCCGCUAGGCGAUUUCUUCUGGCCUGCAGGCAGGUGCCCAUCAAUUAAUUGUAUCCAGCCAGCCUAUAGAUGCCCCUGCCAUGCUCUGUAUAGGGCUGAGCCCCACCCAUUCCCAUCAGGGCAGCAUGCUGUGCUCCCACCCUCACCCAUGGGAGGGUCCUGGCCCUGGUCAGUGUGCACAGCUUCUGGACAGGGCUGAUGAUGCCACUUCUGCAGCCACCCAGGGAGCUGCUUGGAUGCCCCAGCCUCCAGCGGCUCCUCCUCCUGUCCCUGCUGCAGCAGUCUGGGCAGCAGGUAGGCAAGCAGUCUUAGGUGUGGGGGAAGCUGCAGCUGAGUGGGAGCAUGGGGCCAGAGCUGGUGGGAGCACAGAGCCUAGGGCUGGGGCCAGUGGAAGCAUAGGGCUCCCACAGGUCACGUACAGCUCCCAGGUCUCAGCUGAGAGCCACUUGCAAUGGAGCCAGUGGCCUGGCUCCACUUCCCAUUGCCACAUGCAGGUUCCAGGACUCAGCCGGGAGCCCCGUGCAACGGAUCCUUGCCAGCUCAGCCUCACUCCCUGCUGCCCUGGCCGAGUCUUGGGAGCUACACAUGGCAACAGGGAGCAGGGUCAGGUCAAAGGUUCUAUCACGCAGGUCUCCUCCCGGUGGCGUGCAGCAUCAGCCGAGUCCUGGGAUCUGCACGUGAGCCGUGGGGAGCCCCGUGUGAUGGAGCCAGCAGCCUGGCCCCGCUCCCUGCUGCCACGUGCAGAUCUUGGGACUCAUCCAGUGCCAUGCACUGCCGAGGGGCUCCACCUGCCAUGGGCCAUGAGUUCCCUGAGGGCCUGCUGCUGCUACCGGCAGCAAGGACUGUGCACCAUGGCAGGGGAGGGGGUGAGUAGGGGCCCUGACCCACACACCCCACAGCCCACCAUAUCCACGCAAACACCGACACACCUCAUGCAUACCCACACCCUCCAACCCUCCCACAAACCACCACGCACCCACACCCAAUCCCUUCCCCACACCUCCCACACUCUCCAUAUAUGCACCCCCCAACCACACACACCCCCAUUCACAAUAUACAGAAGGAAGACUUAAUUUUUGAGCUAUUAUGCAGUCACUUCUAUAGGCAUGAUGCAAACACACACAAAGCAAGACAAAAAUAUUUUUGAAAUAAAAUUAAAAUACAUUAUAGUAGAUGUUUGAUUUUUAGUAUAUGGUUGGGUUUUUUUCCAGUUCCAAGAUGGCAAACCCAUCCAUGCCCAAAAGGAUUCCCAAAAGGAGUACUUCCCGGGGCAAAGGGAGGGAUUUCUGGUGGUAAAGGUCAGGGGUUAGGGACAGGAUUUCCGGUCCCAUGAUGUUGACCAGGGGGUGGGGCACCUGUCAAGGGGCAGGGCUAUCCUUGCAGCCCCGGAUGGCUCACCAAAACUCAUUAAGCAGCCCUCCACCUGAAGUAAUUUCCCACCCCUGAGCUACAGUCUCCUAUGACCCCCCAGACCAUGGCGAGAACUCCCUGCAGGUGCAGUGCUGCUCAGACACCAGGUGGUGCCGUCAUGCUCAGUCUCUCCUUCAAGUUCAUUGCUAUGACAGCUCCAGGUUUUUUUAUGGACUUGACAGACAGGCGUUUUUUGCUCUUUUUUUUUUUUUUAUGUGUUGCCCAUAAAUUGACGGACAGCUGGUAACUCUGAAGGGCAAGAAGAAGGCUGCUCAGCAUCUCUCCUCCUCCCUUGGGAUGUACAAGCACAGGCUCCAGGCCUGCUCACUGCAGGCCUUACCAGCAAUUUGAAGGGCUGGUGCAGAGUCCUGCCCUCCUGUGUGCUAGGGGCCAGAGGCCCAUGCAGCCUCAGCCUGUGGUUCCCCAUCUUGUAUGCCGAGGGGCCGUGAGGGUUUUUACUGCACCUGGCAUCUCUUUCAGCCUCACAAGUUAACACUUUAAUAAAACUGAAUAAUAAAAUGGUUUUCCAAAUGGGGUGUAAGUAGAGGUAGGUCUAAUGGAAGCCUCGGAUCUGAGCAUGGGCAGACUCUGGGGGACAUGCAGAUCGUGGCUUCUGCUCUAAAUGAUUUAUUAGCAUGGUUAUAUAUAUUACAUAUAUCUUCCUUGAUGUUUCUACUUGGUAAAUUUCUACUUUUAAAAAAUGGGGGCAUCUCCACCUCUUUGACUCUUCCACUGCAGACUGGGUGCCAUGCCAGGUGACAUGCUGCAGUCAGACAUGCAUUAUUGAGCUUGGUGCUAGGCAACAGGUCGUCACGGAGGCGGUCUGUUUUCCUCCACGAACAUAGAGCUGGUUUGCACUGGAGGAAAAUCAAUCUCAGUACAUGCGUGUGGCCACAAGAUGGCGCCGAAACCAUAAUAGAAAACCAUCCCUAGGGCCCUGCUGAUUCCAUCGCUGAGGAGCUAUAGCAUAAGUUGGGCAUUGUGCAAGAGCAGAGAGGGACAAUCUGCUGUUUUGCAACAUCCUUUGCUAAUGAAAAUGCUCUGGAUGUGGGUGCCUUGAAUUCUAGUAACUCAAGCCUGUUUAACACUGGUUGCAGGAAGGUGCAUGGUCUGCUUUUCAUCACCAGCAGCAGCAGCAAUUACUAUACUUGUAUAAUGUCUGGAGUUCUCAGAUGCAUUGUGGGCAUCUCUGAUCUUCAAAGGGGAGGGGAGUUUGCCUUUUAAUCACUUUCUUUGUUCAAGUUGCAUGACUGACGUGUCUUAGUUUUUAGCAUCCAUUAAAAUCCUUCUGCCUCUGCAUGAUGUCUAUUUAGCUGGAGAAGCAGCACACUGAGACUGACCAUCAGGAGUAUAUGGCACACACGCCGUGACCCCCCUUAUCAGUAUACUCCUGAGAGCAUUGCCUUGAUUGUAAGACUGGUGUGAGUGGGUGACUGACAGUGGGCAGAUAGCAGUCAUAGGCAGCUGUGGAUGCUGCUGUGAGAAGUGCUGUAUUGUUGCAUGUGUAGUAAAGCCACUGCAGAAGGAGGAACAGCUGCUGUGGCUCUGUGUGCAGAGCAAGCACCUAUGGGCACUAGAACCAGAUGAGGAAGGAUUGUGCACUUCUCCCCAAUGAUACACUUGCCCUGUAGUCUCAGGGCACGUCUACAUGACAUGAUAAAUGCACAGUAGACUAAUUCUAUGGUACAUUAGCGCAUCACGGCAAAAGCCAUGCUAUUGUGCUAAUGCGCCGUACAAUUAGUCUACUGCACAUCAACAUCACUUAAAAGGUGUGUGCCAGUGCUACUACGCAGUAGUAUGCUAGUCAGCUAGUGUGCAUUAGUAAUAACAGGUCCUAAACAUAAUGCACAGUACUAAACAUAAUGCACCAUAACCACAGCGCAUUAAUGGAUGCGUAGACAUGCCCUCAGUGUAUCAUUAUGGUAGCACAAGAACAUGCGCCUAUGUCCUCUAAAGCCCCUUGAGCUUUGAGCUGUUUCCAUGCAGUGCUCGCAGCACCUGGAUGCAGCUGUUUCUCAGGGAUGCUACUGCUUGCACUUUUGUUGUGAAUCUCAUGAUACUGGGUGCUUCCUCCAUGCACCCGGAGCCAGGCAGUUAUGUGAGAAGCUUCACUGUUUUGUUUUGUUUUUCACUAAAUGUCUGGUACUUGUGGCUAUAGGCAAAAGCUCAAGAGCCUGAGCAAGUGUGCUUGGCAGUGUCACACCCAGAGGCAAAUAAAAAGAACCCAAAAUCUGUUGUUUAAAACACCGUGAUCUUUAAGCCAAUCUCAUGGUUUGGGGGUCUGACUCUUGAGUGCCUAAUGCUAGCAGUGCUCCCAGUGUCAUUCCUGCUUUAGCUCCAUAGCUUUUCCCUCCACAUCCGCUUCUCUGCCCCUGUGUGUCAGGUCUGUUGACUGCCACUCCAAGACAGAUUCAGGUCUCCUGUAAGUGAAAUGAUCUACCUGCAGCUGCUAAAUUCACACUAGCUUCCUAGCAUAUCCCAGGGUCCAAUGGUUCUUGUCCCUUGCUGCUGCUGUUGGCCUGGCUGCCCCUCCAGAAUAGUACCUCAAAAUCACUGCAUCCCAUGCCCAAACCUCUGCAACCCUUCCCAGAGGUGCUGUGAGCCAGUGGCCAGAGAGACUGCCCAUCUGCUGAAGAAGGGCCUUUGCUCUGAAAUACUGAAUUGCACAUCUGAGCUCAGGUGUCUGCAAAAUCUCACUUAUACUGAACAUUACUGUGGACAGUUACUCAUCUCUGAAUGCACUGGGAGCUUUCCAAUGUAAAUCCAGCUUGUAAAUCAGUAAGACCAUAUGAAAGCAGAUUUACUUUCUGCACCUAAACCCCCUGGGGGGGCAUUGGGUUUUUAUGGGACUCUGAAGCACUGUAACUGGGAGCUAUGAAUCCCUUUGCACUUCCACUACUCUGGAGAAUCAUCUACUUGAUUUUUAAAGUGUACCUUGCAAUGGCAUGUGCAGCUGGUGUGAUUAAAUAGCAGUCCCCCUGUGCAGGGGUCAGACCACGUGCUGAAGAUUUGACUCAAGAGCAAGAUGUCUUUGCCUGCUAGUAGUUUAUAUUUUGUGCCAGAAUAGAGGAGGUCACCAGUCAGAAGGGAGCAGAUUCACAGUGUCUUUGGAAAAAAAUGGGUAAAUUGGAAAGAAGAUAGGUGUGUGUUUCCUGGGACACAGCCAGGGUGCUGCAGUGUGUUAUGGGGUCAGUCUGCAAAUCUGUUCAGUCACACUGGUGAUCAGUGUCAGACACCAGGAUUGGUGAAGCUACUCCUGGGGGUAACUGUUUGCCAAGGCAAUUAAGAGGAUCAGAAAUUUAGUGCAAAGUGAGCAUCAUCUUAUGCUACCACUCCAGGGAGAACAUCUUCAGAACCGCUUGUGUUGGAGAUACAUUUGCUGUCCUGCUUCUGCAGAAUAUUGACAAUUCUGGUGAUUCCAGAAACCUUCUGUCACAGCUAAUGAGAGACCACUUGUGCCCUGCCUGUGCUACAGUAGUAACCCUGUCUACAUAUGGUCAAGUUAUUUUAGAGGAACACAGAUUCAUUUUGAUGUAUCUCCAAGCUAAAGCAUGCAUCUCUGAUGUGCUUAUGAUUGAUUGAGGGUGGGGGAGAGGUGCUCUUGUUCACAUACCAAAUAUAAACUAUGUUAAAGCCGCAUAAGAGGUUUGGAGUUGUGUCCAUAUAAAAACACAGCAUUCAUGGGUGGGUGCGUCCCCACAAGUGCACACAUGUGGUUUGUGGCAUCUCAGAGGCACUACAAACUGCACACAGAGCACAUGCACCUGUGCACCACGCUGCUAAUUUGCAGUAUGGUGGGGGAGUUUUACACCAGGAGAUCCCGGAGUUAAAAAGUAAAAAAACCACUGCUAAAAAAAGCAGCAUUAUGCAUGUGGCAGCAGCAUGCCCUGCCAGAAGCUGGAGCCAUGGUAUGGCUGUUGGCCAGGCUCUGAGCAGCCAGCUCAGUGCCACUGCUGCCCUGGGAGGUCCCCAGGACCCCAGGUAAGGCUGCUGGGGCCAGCACAAAGGCUGGCCUUAGCCUUCCUUACCCCAACCAGAUCCCUUUGCUGUGCACUGGAGCACACAUGCAGGAGCAUGCCCGGGGACAAAUAGCAGUGGCAUAAGUAUAUGCCUUUGCUAUUUGUCAUGUGGGAAACAUGCACCCCUGCACAUGUGUGCUUGUGGGGAUGCACCCUAUGUGUCUAUUAAACUGGGAAACAUUAUAUGGGUAUUCUACAAUUGUUAUUUCAUAGCAGAAGAUCAAAUAUUGGCAUGAUCUCAGUCAUAACAUGCCCAGGAAUUUCAGCUAUGUAUGUGCAGGCUACCUUUGUUUAAUUCACAGCCGUGUGGCCUCUAAAGCAAGGUAUGUGGCACGACUUAGGUGAAAGCUGAGUAGAAGGUAGUUAGAGAUUAAACAAGCUGAGCUAGAUAAAUAAUGCUGGGUGUGUCUCUCUUCACUAAGGACUGGAUCCUGCAGUCACUGUGACAGGAGAUAAGCAAAUAUUCCAAUCCCCAUCCUACAGGUAGAGAAGCUAAAGCCCAGAGAGGCUAAGGGAAUUAACCAAGAUGACAGAAAAAGGAAAUGUGAGAAUAUGGCAGUCAUUAACUGCAAUCCUAUGCUCAGUUCUUCUGCCGUGGUUCUAUGUGCCAGUUUACCGAUUCCACACUUUUUAAAGCCAAACUCUCUGCUGGGCCCAUUUACUGCUGCAUGCCAUGUUUGGAGCAGUCAUUAGAGGCCCUUCACUGCACUGCCUUUGUGCUGUGCCCAGCACUACCAGGAAGUGUGUCACCUACUCAGCAUGGCUUCAGGUGUGCCAACUCCCAGAAGGGAGGCACUAUAGGCACCAUAGAGCUCAUGCCCAGCACUGCUCUAAGGCCCUCCAUCUUGGGCAUAUGUAUUGACAUUUCCCAAUGCUCAACGCCAAUCUAAGGUAACUAUAUUGCCUCAUUUUUAAGAACUGGCAUGCACGGAGCAGGAGUGUGUGAGACCUGCUCCACAAAGGCAUUCCAGACAGUACAGAGGGAAUGGAGACACGCCCAGAGAGCCGGAGCAUUUGCAGAAGAAAAAGCUCACCUCUAGUGAAAGCCCAUAUUGGAAGUGUGGUGUGUGCAGACUAUCUUUGUGAAUGCUUGAAGGGGGCGGGGUAGAUCUACCCCUGGACCUUUUAUCUGGCCUCCUGUACUAAGCUGUGGCCCCACAAAGUGGUGGAAAUACUGUCUGGUAUGGGGAGGGGAAGUAACAACCCUACCACACAGCUGUUUUGUGACAAAUAGUGGCAUCUAAAAUGUACAUCCUAGGGGCAGAAUAUUCCAACCUCUGCCUCUCUUCUUAAUGCCAGCUAGUGGCCAUCAAGAGCAUUUAGAAGGCAAGUGGAUGCAGGUGACUAAUGCUUUGGUAAUUGUCUUAACAAGUGUCUGCACCUCCCUUUGAGGGGAAGAGAGACCACACAAGAGCACUUCCAAGCAGCACCUCCGAAGCACCUAUCCCGUUAAGGUGGAAAUCCUGUUUCCCCAGCAGUUUACUCCCUAUCCCCUUCUUUCUUGAUGUUAAUGUUUUAAAUAACCAAAACAAAUACAAUAUUAGUUUCUUCUCUC